UUGACGCGGUUUCAUUUAUAGUUCUGUAUAUAGUCGUGUAGUUCAAUAAUCGAAAAUAAAAUUGUAUAUUUUACUAAUGACCCAGAAACAAACUAAAUAAAACGUGUCACGAGACGAAAAUUGUCAGUUUGUAUAACACGGACGUUUACGAUCGCAACGCCUUGCUUCCAUUUAUUUCAAGCUUCUGCGGACGUGUUUUUUAGGAUAGUACGCGUGUCUACUUCUUUUUUCUAUAGUUCCCCCGGUUCUCAGCGACAAAAUAAAUCAUGGCUGAUGUAAUAGAAAUUGAAAAUAAUAAUAUCCCACUCUCUAAUGAUCCGAGAAAUGUGGAUCCAGAAAUUAAUGCGAGCUGUUUAAUGUCAUAUGACGAAUUCUUUACCAAUUUUCUACUGGAAAACAAACCUUGUGUAUUUCAAUCAGCCAUAACUCAGGAAUGGCGAUGCAGACGGGACUGGAAUGCGAAUGGGGCGCCAAAUUUCAAAAUCCUCUCAGAUCUCUUCGGAAAUUGCAAAGCACCCGUUGCAGAUUGCAACAAACAAUACUACAAUUGCCAGUUGAAGAAUGACAUGACAAUAAAAAACUAUAUCGAUUAUUGGAUCGAAUACAGGGAGAAAAAUUAUCCUUCUGACAUGGAUGUUUUAUAUUUGAAGGAUUGGCACUGCGUCAAGGAAUACAAAAAUCUUUUUUUGUAUAGCGUGCCAAAGUUUUUUGCAUCAGAUUGGCUGAACGAAUAUUAUAUCGCCCAUCCGGAAUUGAAGGACGACUACAUGUUCGUUUACAUGGGACCAAAAGGCACAUGGACACCAUUCCACGCAGACGUUUUUACUUCGUACAGCUGGUCAGCAAAUAUCGUUGGUAAAAAGAAGUGGCUUCUUUUUCCUCCUGGUGAAGAAAAUACUCUACGAGAUUCUCAUGGACAAUUGUGUUUCGACGCAUCGACCGACGCAUUAUUAGAAAAUUCUCUAAAGUAUCAGAAUUUCAAUGAAAACACUUCGAAGAGCUUCGAAAUCAUACAAAAUGAGGGGGAAAUUAUUUUUGUACCUUCCGGAUGGCAUCAUCAAGUUUGGAAUUUGGAAGAUACGAUCUCGGUAAAUCACAACUGGAUAAAUGGCUGCAACGUAUGGAAUUCGUGGCAAUCGAUGAGAAACGAGCUGUCAGCGGUGAUGAGAGAAGUUGCAGAUUGUCGAGAAAUGGACGAUUGGGAAAAUCAUUGUCAACUGAUGCUUGGCUCAUCUUACGGCAUGAAUUAUCGACAAUUUUACAAAUUUUUAUCGUUCAUAGUUACGGAAAGAUUGAACGUCUUAAAAAAGGGUGUCGAAGCUUAUCGAAGCUUUGAAAAGUGGAAGAUCGGCCCGCAACAUUGUUACUUUGAUCUCAACCAAGCGAAAAUUGUAUUAACUAGCAUAAUCGAUGACAGUAAAGAAAAGGGUAUCUACGAGCUCGUUUUUUCUACAGAUCCAGUUGACGAUCUUCUUGACGAAAUAAACAACGUUUGUAUUUUAAAGUUCAAAUAAAAUUGAACAACCAGAAAAAAUGCUCGUUUUUUUCUAUAUUUGUAACAUUUUUAUUAUAAUUUACACCACGUUAAAAAUUGUAGAUUCCCUCAAUUUUUGUUUUUCAAUUUGUGUAUGCAUAUGUACAUUAUUAUGAGGCAGUAAUGACCAAGUUUACAUUCCAAAAUCUAGAUCCCUUUCGAUUAGUUGCUAAUUUUUCAUUUAUAUUUAUUUCUAUAGAUACGAACGCUCGUACAUUUUUGGACGUCUUGAUAAAGCCAUUAUUUUUUCAUUAUUUGCCACUAAAUGAAUACUUUAUACUGUACUUCUGAAUCGAGGCUUCGAUUAUUUGAGCACUAUCAAUGCUAUAACAAAAAUAGCCAUUUGUUAUUGGAGUUUUUCCACAUGUUUAGAAAAAAUGGGAUGCAGUAAAACAAAGUCUUGUUUUUUGUCUCUUGAAAAAUCAGGUGUAGCAAAGGGGAGGCGAAUACAAAAAAAAAUCGAGACCUCGAUCAGAGUGGGCCGACAAAUUACAAUUCUCAAGAACGGAAAAGCAUCAGGGCUCUGGAAUGUAAGCUGGCAUGCAGUGCCAAUCUAUUUAUAUAUUUUAAUAGAAAUUUACAAUUUUUCAUAAACUUUCAGGGAAAUCGAAAAAUAAUCACCGGAGUCAACGUUGACAUUUUUUUUCGAGCAUUCGAAUUGAUGAAAAAAUUAUGCGUAUGUAAAAUACUUACCCUCCCUUGUUUCAGAAGGCAAAAAAAAAUAUAUUUGUAUCUUAGGGUGUGUGGGCAAAAAACGAUAUUGUUUUCUCCUUCUUUCUCCUAAAAAAAAUACUACCGAGACCUCUGAUCAUCGUAUCAUAACUCUUCAGGAAAAAAUUACACAAAAACCACAAGAAUAUUUUUUUAUGAAAAAUUGAUUUCUCUACGAAAAAAGUCCUUAUGAACAAUUAGCUCGG